AUGUGUACUGCUGUUAAUAGCUGUUCUCCACUCAUCCAUCUGCGUCUUAAAAAUGGUGGUUCAGACGACCCCAAUCUGGAUGACUUGAAUGAUGAUGAGCAAAAUGAAUUAUAUGACCUCAGUCGCAUCGCAAUAUUACCACUCGAUGUUGGCAGUUCAAACAUCGGAGAUGCCUCUGUAGAAUGGACUACAACUCUCCCACCUGGCGAAUUAUGUGAUGCAGUUUGCUUAGUUACUGAAGAGGGUAAUGAUAAAACUGAAAGUCCUGGUUAUGCUGUUGUCGCUACCUCAAAGUGCCUGCUGCGCAUUUUUACCCAACCUUCCCCAUCUUCAUCCGUGGGACAUUCGAGUAAUUUACGUCUGCUUCAGAUAAAUAAGCUAGGUUUGCCACCCAUUAGUCUCUCUGGUCACCACACUGUUGUCUUAGCAAGUCAUCCUAAUAAUCCUAUUUUGGCUGUGGUAACUUGUAAUGUAGUAGGAGAAUUAGAAUGGAGAGUGUUUUACUUGGGAGGAAUUAUGCUCGGAUCCAACCGGACUGCAGCUCCACUAUGGAUGAAAAGUUCCUUAUCUAUCUGGCAACAUUUGCCACUUAGUCCUCCGUUAAAACAUACCUCCCUUGACACUUCAGUAGUUCGCUUAACUUGGUUUGGAUUCUCUGAUACUGGAGGAUUGUUUACAUAUGACUCUAAUGGAGUCGUACGACGCCUUAUUCAUGGCCGUUCGCAAAGACACCCAGAAUUUCAUUGGGUUCCUAUUUGUGAUACAAGAAGUUUAUUAAAGCAAAACAAUAGGCGAACAGAUAAUUAUUUCGUUGUUGGUGUCCUAGAAUCUUGUGAAUCUGUAGAAAAUUUGUCUUCUGAAAAUAAAAAGGAUUUGAAAUCCAAUGUCGUUGGGUUUGGUCAGCUCCAAGCAAUUUACUGUAAAGCCUCAAAAUGGCCAAGAGUUUUUCCACGACCUGUGGUGUCAAAUAUAUCCUUCCGUCUACCUUUAUGUUCAAUGAAUACUGAUCAAAGUGAUUUGGAGGAAAAUUAUCUUCAGUGUGUAAUAAGUGAAGACUGGCCUAUCUGGGGUCCGAAUAUCACUGAUGCAAAUGAAGAUAUAUUGUCACAUUUGUUAUCAUUAAAUACAAAAUCGCUGACCAAGCGCAAGGCCGUUCUGUUACGUCUUUUCGCUCUGGCAGCAAAACUCGAAUCUGACUGGGCUAGCCUCGCAAUCGCUAAUAUGAUGCCAGAUGCAGCAACUGUUCAGCUUGCUAUUAGAUACGCUGGUCGGCUGAGGCGUCAAAACCUUGCACAUCGUUUAGCAGGAGUUGCUUUAGAAAAAGAACGUCGUGUAUCAGAAACUGUUGAAGUUGAUGAUUGGGAUGAUAUACCACAGAGUUCAACAUUUAGAGGGAAGUGUAAUAGAGAUCCUACUACGUUCUCAGGUUAUUCUCCGUCGAACAACCAUAUUCAUUCUCAUUCAAAGACUUCAAGACCUACAAAUGGUUCAGAUUAUCAUGAUGUGGCAGAUAGUUCACUUGUUAGUUCAGGAACUGAUGAUGGCCAUAUUGAUGGUUCGAUUAAUAAUCUACCUCUAGCAGAUUCCGAGUCUUUGUCUCAUUCUGUGUUGACUCCCUCUUCACGAAAUCCAUUCAAAUCUUCUCAUGAACCGAAAGAAUUUGCACCCCGUUCGAUCGCUCAUGGAACUGAACUCUUAGAUGCUUGGACACCUAAGACGACUGCUACAAACACCAAAGUUUCUCAGAAGCCUGAUGUCAACAAAACUCAGAACAACAAAAAGCGUUCACUCUCUUCAUCACAACGAUCUAAAUUACCGAAAAUGAAAUCUGUUGCUAUAGCAGACGCUGAUCAAGAAUUCACUGAUUGGUUUGAAGAAAAUCGAGAUACUUUGGAGGAAAGUUAUCCAGAAGUUUCAGUUGAGGAGCUUGUUCGCAUAGGACAGUCUGAAUACCGUUCUAUAAAAAGUUCAAAAGACGGUGUUUUUGAUGGAAAAGAAAAGGAAAACGUACUACAAAGUAAUACCAAACGUCCAUUAAGUGAAAAUGAUGAUUUAAUUCAGUGUAAUUCCAAUACUACAAAGAGAAGACUAUCUGAAUUUGAGAAUAAUGUAUCUAAGAGAAUGUCGUCAUUCGCAUUCUCUCAGAAUUCUUCAAAAUAAUAAAGAUAACAUAUCUAGUUUCAAUUAAAUAAUGUGGCGUCACAUUUGUAUAUUAUGUUUAGAUCGGUUUAUUGUAUUAAUUGUUAUAGAGCGAUCUCUUCCUUUAAAAAGUGUAGUUUGUAAUAUCAACCCGUUGCAUAUCUCUAAAUUUAUUUCCUUUCGUAAAGUAUUUGCAUACAUUUUUUUUACUAGAAAAUGUAAUGCUUACCCUGGCUUGAAUUUGUAUCGUAUAAACUGCUAUAAAAUACUGUUAUGACUUUUCCUAUCAACUGAUCCUCAAUUUCUAUGCACAGUGUAUACGUAGGUUUAGCACUCUGAGUAAAUCAAUUAACGAAAGC